AUGGCUUGUAUAACUGGUGACGACACUGGUCUGGUAAAGGUUUGGGAUAUCUCAAAGAGCACAGGUACCACGCUGACGUUUUCCUAUGGAGAGCAGAACAGGAAGAGAGGAAUAGCUGGUAUGUGUUGGGUGGAUAGUGCAACAACCAAGGUUGCUAUUUCUAUGAAGGACGGAGUUGUAUCUAUUCUAGAUAUUGGGGAACGUAAUUUAUGCACAUCAAAAAAUUUAGGAGUUUCCGCAGCUUUGCCCAAUAGCCUUUCUUUUGUGCGAGAAAAAUUUAUUAUGGCAUCCAUUGAUGGAAAACUUUUGAUUGCUGACUCAGAAUUAAAUCAAGAAAAUACCUUUGAAUGCAAUGGUCCUGUUGAGGCAUUUCAUAUUCAUCGGAAAUUUGGUAUGGUUGCAAUGGGUGGGAAGGAAAAUGAUCUUUGUGUGUACGACCUUGCUGCUGAGGAUGUCUCAAAUCCUGUUUUUCGAGCCAAAAAUGUAAGGGAUCAUGUUUUGGAUGUUCCCUAUCCUAUUUAUUUAACUGGGGCAUGCAUUAUAAAUCCCUUUGUAUUCUGUACCAGCACAGCAUAUCACCAAGUUCGUUUCUAUGACCGCCGAAGUAGCGAAAGACCAGUACAAGAGUUUCAAAUUAGUCGUGAAAUUGAGCGCAGACCAACUACUCUAAUGCAGUGGAAUUGUAAUAAAUUUCUGAUUGGUGAGGCAAGUGGAGACAUUCAUUUGUACGACACAAGACGUGGAUUUGCUUCAAGAGCCAAGUUACGUGGCGGUGUGGGGAGUGUGCGCAGCAUGGCGAAGCAUCCAGCAGGUCAUCAAAUACUUGGUGUUGCUGGUUUAGAUCGAAAAGCAAGGAUCUACCACGUUCCAACCGGGAAACUUCUGUUAUCUAUGUAUACGAAACAGAAGGCCACUAGUAUUCUCUUUGAUAAACAAUUACCACUUGCCGAUAACACUGCAGCCUUUAGUGGUAUUGCAAACUCCAAACAACCGAGUAAAACCGCCACACUUGGCGAUGAAGUAUGGGAUAAUAUGGAUCCUGUGGUUGAUGACAUCAAUGAGGGAAACAUAAACAUGAAAAAAACGUUUUAA